GAAUUAAAAAAAAACAUGUUCACAAAAACAAACUAAACAACGGAAAGAUUCAAAUGAGGUGUUGUUUGAUCGUUUAUUUUAUGUAAUUUUCUAAAAUAGAAAGCAAUCCCUUAGAAAUGAAUUGCGAAAAGUUAAGUCGUGAACAAGUUCCUGAAAAAUUUGCAGAAUGGCUACUAGGAAUGGGAUGUCCUCCUGAGAAAGUUCCCUCAAUUGAAAAGAUUUCAGAAAUAUGUCGGGGACAGUAUUACAUGGUCUGGCGAAGUUUGAUGGAGCAUGUGGAACCAAAGGAUGUGAUCAGACAGAAAAGGCUCCAAGUCUUCUGUGAUGAUGUCCAGAAGUGGCAGAAGAAGAGCCCUUUUAAUGAGCACGACAUAAACAUUAUAAUGCCUGAACCUCUGGCCCUGUGGCAACAGCAGACUGAGCUGCGCGACCAGGUGGCUGAUAUGGAAGCCAGGGUCUGCAGCAGUCAGGAGAAGCUGAAGCAACUCACUGACAAGAUCUCUAUGAAGUUAUCCCAACGCAACACAACCCGGGACCGCAUCGAGGCGCUCCAGCGGCGCGCGUGGCUGCUGCAGCAGGUCACCGCUGACUUGAGAGCCAAGAAGGAGAACCUAGAGGAGACCAGGACUAUCGCUGACUCUCUCUGCUGCUUUGAUGAAGAGAGUGAUGUGCAGAAUAAGCUGGAGAAAUGUAUGUCCGUGUUCCGGAAACAAAUGCCAUCAUCCGCUGCAUCCACCUCGUUGCUAGCUUCGAAUCCCGUCGCCAGCUCCUCUGUGGUGUCUACCAAUGGGGACCAUGAAACUGAAGAGUACGUGACGUCACUAGUGUCGUCCCGCGGCGACGCCCUCUGGCCCCUGCUGUGUGAGAGACGAGCGGCGAUAGUUUCUUCUCUGUCCAACACCCACACUACCAACUACAAUGAUUCAGAUACAAGUCCACAGAGUGUGCUGGCACACACCGCCGCCCUGCACAGCAGUCUGGCGCUAGAAGCCAUGAAGAACAGAGUGCAUACCGCACUCACCAGGAAGCGAUUGGCUGCUGCGCUCAACGAUCUUAGUAAGUACCUCUCAGAAGAAGCGUGCGAGUUGGUGGUGGUCCGGUGCGAGCGCGCACGCGCAGAGGCGCGCGCGCGCUCGCUCCGCGCGCUGUCCGCGCGGGCCGCGCGUCGCGCCGGCGCCUUCCGCGCCGGGGGCUGCGGCGCGCGGGGGGGGAACGGCAACAUCGCUCAGCUCGAUAACUAUAUCGAAAGCAAAAGAGACGAGCUAAAGCGAACACUAACAAAUCUAGCUGCUACUGAGAAGAAAAUCCUAAAUAUCCGAGAGUGUCUAAUACAUAUCUUCAAUGGCUUCCAGAAGGACCUGCCCGUGCAAGAAAACGAUAGAUUCAGAGGCCACUUGGAGUUCCCUCCGGAGUCGAUAAUGACAGUCAGGCAGUUCUACGAGGAGAGGAGAGACAGAAAGAGAAACAGAGUAGAGCUCAGUCUGGAUCUCGAUGUAUCCGAGGGAUGCUCCUUCAAUGAUCCUACAGAUAACAACACAAACCCAACUUUCAUUGACGAGUUGAGAAUUUAUUUGAAGAAAUUCUGUCUCGAGAAUAAUAGGAAACUUGUUUUGGACAGCGGAGAAAAAAUCUGGAUAUUCGAAACUCUUCGCGCGGCAGUUUCCCGCCUCCUCGCUAGAUGGCAGCACGACGACAUCCCGCCGCUCCUCUGCGUGUCUGUCUGUCUGUCGCACAAUAUCCGCAAAUUGCUGCAGCUGGCACACAGCAAGGAAACUAUGGAGAAGACGUUGGAGAAGAUUGAGAGUGGAAGGAAACUCGAAUUUGAUAUUGAUUUACAACCGAAAAAGAAUGAAGAAGCCCAGAUCACGGACAAGAUCAAAAAGCGACUGCAUCAAAACAUGCUCAGCUUGCAGAGGACAGUAAAGACUUUAGACUUGGGGAGGGAAAGUCUAAAUUUCUGGUCCGACAACGAAAUGAAAAAAUAUAUAUCGCCUAACAGGAGAUAUGAAGGGAAAACUUAUAAGGACUAUGAAGCUCUUUACAUUGAAACAUUGUCAAUUUGAUGUACAGACAACUGCAUAUCAAAAUACACAAAUAAAUUGCAAUUUCGCAUCUAUUCACUCAUCCUCGCGUGUUUCCGAUUACAUUCGGAGCCGUAACGCCUCGAAGCCCAGAAUCGCGUAAAUACCAAUACAUUUUGAAGAUUUGGCUAUGCUUUUACGACUGGCUGCUUGCCCGAUGUCAGCCCUCUUUGGUGAUUAGGUUGUUGCCUAACUGUUGUUAAGGCAUGUGUCCCUUAGUCGCCUCGUCCGACAUGCGCGGGAGGAUUUGGUACUAUUCUAGACAGAAUUCGCAUCUAUUACCGUAACAUAAAGAUCCGUGCGCGGUAGCUUCACAUGACUACAUAAUUAUGAAGCUACUACAUCAUACCAUUGUGAUUAAUGUUGAAAUAUUUAUUUAUUUCUCAAGAAAACUUACAGCUUUUGAACAAAAUAAUAAGCACUAAACAUAAAUAACUUUAAAGCCAUUUACAAUUGUAAUUUAUUGCUUAUGUAAGCAACAACUAUUUUAACCUAUAAUGUUAUUGUGUAAUUUUAUACAAAUAGGAUUAAUUAAAAUAAAGAAUUCUGGUACACUAAUAA